AUGCAGACAAUCAGUUUGAUAUUAUUUCUGCUGUUAGUAGUAAUUGCAUCAGGACAGUCAGAUCUGGGAGCACUCUUAGAGCUCAGAAAAGGCAUUCAGAAAGACCCUUCUGGGAAAGUUCUUGUUUCAUGGGAUUCAAAGUCCGUGGACUCUGAUGGCUGCCCCCUGAAUUGGGUUGGUAUAGCGUGUGACAAUGGCCGUGUGACAUCAAUCACUGUAAAUGAUGCUGGACUGGUCGGUGAGUUCAGCUUUUCAGCCAUUACUGGUCUUAAAAUGCUUCGCAAUUUGUCGGUUUCAAACAACCAGCUGACGGGGACCAUCUCAAAGGUUGGUUUAUUUGAGUACCUGGAAUACUUGGAUCUCUCAAGCAAUUUGUUUCAUGGGUUAAUACCCUCUGCUUUGGUCAACUUAAAGAGUUUAGUGCUUUUGAAUCUUUCUUCAAACCAGUUUAAAGGCAUUUUUCCCACUGGUUUAGGCAAACUUGAACAGUUGAGGUAUAUAGAUGCUCGAGCUAAUGGCUUUUCUGGAGACAUUAUGAAUUUUCUACCCAAAAUGGGUAGCUUGGUCCAUGUUGAUCUGAGCAGCAAUGGGUUUUCUGGUUCGUUGGAUUUGGGACUUGGUAACUCCUCUCUUGUUUCAUCUAUUCAAUAUUUGAAUGUUAGCCACAAUUCCUUGGUUGGAGAGCUUUUUCGUCACGAUGGGAUGCCAUAUUUUGAUAGUUUGGAGACAUUUGAUGCUAGUUAUAAUCAGUUAGUGGGUCCUAUACCUUCCUUCUAUUUUGUUGUCUCUCUGCGCACACUUCGGCUUGGAAGCAACCUGCUCUCUGGUUCUCUACCGGAAGCUCUAUUGCAAGAGAGAUCAACGCUCUUGUCCGAACUGGAUCUUAGUCUUAACAAACUUGAAGGUCCAGUAGGAAGCAUCACCUCUGCAACUCUGAAGAAGCUUAAUAUUUCUUCGAACAAAUUGUCAGGCUCCUUACCUGCCAUGGUUGGGCACUGUGCCAUCAUAGAUCUGAGUAAUAAUAUGCUCACAGGUAACUUGUCCCGAAUCCAAAGUUGGGGAAAUUACAUUGAAGUUAUCCAGCUAAGUUCCAAUUCCUUGACAGGAAGCUUGCCUAAUGAAACAUCUCCAUUUUUUAGGCUAACCUCAUUUAAGAUAUCCAACAACUCAUUAGAGGGUGCUCUUCCACCAGUAUUGGGUACAUACCAAGAGCUAAAAGUGAUUGAUCUUAGCCUCAACCGGCUACAAGGAUUCCUUCUUCCCAGCUUUUUCUCGUCAACUAAAUUGACUGAUCUUAACUUGUCAGGCAACAAUUUCUCCGGGUCAAUACCUGUCCAGGAAAUCUCAAGUCAUCCUUCAAACAGUUCCGUGCAAAAUCUGAGCCUGGUAUUUAUAGAUCUGUCUAAUAACUCAUUGAGUGGUCAUUUGCCUGCAGAGAUCAGUGCGUUUCAUAACUUGGUAUAUCUCAACCUAUCUAAGAACAAUUUUGAUGGUAGCAUUCCUGAAGACUUUCCAGAUCAACUAAAAGGAUUUAACGUCUCUUUCAAUCAUCUUUCUGGUGUUGUACCUGAAAACUUACGGCAGUUUCCUGAUUCCGCAUUUUAUCCAGGGAACUCUUUGCUAACAUUUCCCCAUUCCCUAUCAUCACCGAAGGGUGUCCUCAAUAAUACUUCUACGGAGCACAGGCCCCUUAAGAAAGCUGCUAUUAGAAUUUCCCUCAUAGCAGGUUUGGUUGGUGGUGCUGCUGUUUUAGCUCUUUCAUGUAUGAUGAUCUAUUACUGGGCUCAUUGGCAGGAAUGUACAAGUUCGAAAGAAAAUUCUGGGAAGAAAGAUGUCGAACAAGGAGGCUCUGCCCUUUCUCAUAGAUCAGUACCUGAAAAAAGUGUAGACGGCUCAAAACCUUCUCAAGAUCUUUCACCAUCAUCCCAAACGAGGUCUCCUCAUGAUGCCUGUGAUACUUCAUCAGUUCUAAAGAAACCUAAGAAUUUGGGUCAUCCUGAGUCAACAAAAAUAGGGGAAGGGACAUCUGCUCCUAUGUCUCUCUUAUCAUCAUCAAAUCUAUCACCUUCUAAAAAUCAACAACCACUUGAGAGUCCUGAUGUGCUCAAAACUUGUUCUCCAGAUAAAUUGGCUGGUGAUUUACAUCUGUUUGAUGGCUCCUUGGUGUUCACAGCGGAAGAACUUUCAUGUGCUCCUGCAGAAGCUAUUGGAAGGAGUUGUCAUGGAACAAUGUACAAAGCUAUGCUUGACUCAGGUCAUGUAUUGGCUGUGAAAUGGCUAAGGGAGGGUAUAGCAAAAGGAAGGAAAGAAUUUGCAAGAGAAGUAAAGAAACUAGGAAACAUCAGACAUCCGAAUCUAGUUUCUCUGCUCGGUUACUACUGGGGCCCAAAGGAGCAUGAGAAACUGAUUAUAUCAACUUAUAUUAAUGCACAAUCGUUGGCAUUCCAUCUCCAUGAAGUUGAGCCAAGAAAACUUUCACCCCUGUCUCUUGAGGAACGGCUCAGAAUUUCUGUAGAUGUUGCCCGAUGUCUGAACUUCCUACAUAAUGAGAAGGCAAUUCCCCAUGGCAACCUCAAAUCCACAAAUAUUUUAUUAGAAACUCCUAGUCUGAACGCAGUCCUCACAGAUUACAGUCUCCACCGAAUUUUGACUCCGGCUGGCACUACUGAGCAAGUACUGAAUGCAGGUGCUCUUGGCUAUCGGCCCCCUGAAUUUGCUAGCUCAAGUAAACCCUGUCCAUCCUUGAAGAGUGAUGUCUAUGCGUUCGGGGUGAUCUUGUUGGAGCUCUUGACUGGAAAGAGUUCCGGGGAGAUUGUGUCUGGCAUACCCGGUGUGGUUGAUUUGACAGACUGGGUGAGACUUUUGGCAGAAGAAAAUCGUUCUUUUGAAUGCAUUGACAGAGUGAUCCUGGAAAAGCCUAGCGUUAAGCACUCCCCUAGAGUUCUUGAUGGUAUGCUACAGGUAGCUCUAAGAUGUAUCCAACCAGCAUCGGAAAGACCCGACAUCAAAACUGUGUUUGAAGAGAUUUCAGGUAUAGUGAACUAAAAGGACACCCCAGGUACAACAAAUGCUCUAACUGUAGUCAUUGGUACUAACACAAUACAUCGAUUCUUUUUUCAUUUUUGUGUAAUUUACUAAUUGUUUGUCAACCGAUCCUGUAAUUGACAAAGCCAAACAGGUAGUGGUACAGUUCAGAGGAAAAUAAGUUCAUUGUUGAUAUGGGGGGUGAAUAAUUUUUGUUGACCCUACUCUAGGGUAUGAUUUUCAUACUGGCAUUCGUGUGGUAUUAAUUUUAGAUCUUCAUCACUGAGAUUUCUCAA